AUGCCCAAACGAAGAAGGAGCCAGGACGGAGAAGAUGCGGACACUCAAGAGGCGGACGUAGAAAUGACACCAUCCAAGAGGAGGAUAAUCGAUGCCGAAACACCAUCACGACACACGAAUGCAGACACGCCCUCGAAACAACGGUCCAUCCUCAAAUCGACGCUCAAACAAGAAGGAACUCCACGCUCUCUACGGAAGGUACUCUUCUCCACUCCAGCAAAACCCGGCGACCAUGACAUUGAAGACGCGCCGACCAAGGAUUCACCCUUGACCGCUGCCCUCAAUGCAGACCGUUCCGCCCGGCGCAAGAGCCACAAGACCUUGUUCGAUCCACGACAUGACGACGAAUCUGCAGCAGACGACACCGGUCUGGAAGAUGCCCUGGCUCGCGAAAUCCUAGAUGACGCUGUCGAGUCGGAUCAAGACAUGGCAGACGAGGAUACCAUCACGGUUGCUCUAGGCACUCCUUCUAANGACUCCCAGGCCGAGAGGAAGACCAAAGGGCAAGAAGAGGCAGCCGUCCCCNNCACACCACAAGACAUGCCACCGCAUGAGCUGCACUUCUUCCAGAACAGGCCAGGAGCUGUCAAAACAUCGACCAAUACCCUGCCGGGCAAUGCUCUGCUCAACCACGACGACUACUUUGCCAAAAUCAAUCCAUACCAAGAUCCACACGCUGCCGACACAAAGUUCCUGGCUGGUCUUCAUGAAAACAGCUUCGAUCAGUGGCUGUUCGAACUCGAUCAAGGCUUCAACAUCUGCAUCUACGGCUAUGGCUCCAAGCGUGAACUUCUUCUCGACUUUGCAGACCAUACAUACCAAGCCUCGGACAAGAAGCCUAAUCUGGUCAUCGUGAACGGGUACUCGCCCAACAUCUCGGUCAGAGACGUUCUAACCACCAUCGCAAAACACUCUCUCCCUUCCUCAAUAGCCAACAAGCUUCCUCUCCAGCCUCAGGCUCUCUUGGAUGCUCUACUCUCCGCCUUGACGACGAAUUCUCCCUCCACACCUAUCUAUAUAAUCGCCCACUCGAUCGACAGUCCUUUCUUCCGUAAACCCCUGUUUCAGUCUACCAUCUCGGCUCUGGCCGCCCAUCCCAACGUCUGUCUAGUUGUGUCAGCAGAUACGCCGACCUUCCCACUACUCUGGGACAUAUCUCAGCGCUCCUAUCUCCAUUUCCUUUUCCACGAUACCACAACUUUCGCACCCUAUACCGCAGAACUUGACCCAGUGGAAGAGGUCAACAUACUUCUAAACCGCAGUGGUCGUCGCAUAGGUGGAAAGGACGGCGUAGCAUAUGUACUGCGCUCAUUGCCCGAGAAUGCGAGAAACCUGUUCCGCAUCUUGGUCGCUGAGCAGUUGGCCCUCGCCGACUCUACGUUCGAAGCACAACCCGGAUCUCCUGAUUCGGAUAGUAUCCUCGGUCACUCGGGUGAUGAGGAUAUGGAUCACGGUAAUGUCACAAAGCCUACCCGUGGCCGAGGUCGUCCGCCGAAGAAGGCGGCACCACCAAAAGCCAAGGUUCACAAGACUUCGUCAUUUGUGGGCGUCGAGUACAGGACACUGUAUCACAAGGCGGUCGAAGAGUUUGUUUGUUCGUCUGAGAUGAGUUUCAGGACUUUGCUCAAAGAGUUUCACGAUCAUGAUAUGGUGGAGAGCAAGAAAGAUGGACUAGGUGUUGAAAGACUGGCUGUACCAUUUGGAAGAGAAGAUCUAGAAGACAUGUUGCAAGAGUUGGUAUGA